AUGCGCCCCAAGCUUCAUCACAAGUAUAUUAUGUGUGGAAUUCAGCAUCCACAUAAUGAUUCUUGUUCAGGGGAUAAAGUUAGCCUUUUCAUGGAUGAAUUCUUGCGAUCAUUCAAAUUGUAUGCUCCACUUAACAUUAUCAUGCUCGUUGUCUUUAAAUCCAAGCAAUUUACGACAGAUCCCAAGCAUGUUUUGCAAAAGUUUAUAUUAUCAUGCUUCAGAUCCUGCUUAUUUUUAACCAUGUAUGUAGUUGCUGGUUUAUGCACACCAUGCACCCUACGUCGUUUGCUUAAUAGAGAAUCGCCUUGGAUCUAUGCUGCUGCAGGAGCAGUAGGUGGUAGUAUGGUCAUGAUAGAAGCACCUGGACGUCAACUAGAACUCGGACUUUACUGUUUACCAAGAGCAAUAGAAUCCUUAUGGAGAACUCUACAAAAGAAUAAACUCGUCAAGAGUGUUCCACAUGGUGACAUUCUAUUAUUUAUGGCAUCUAUGGGAUCAUUGAUGACGUUAUAUCAAAAUGAAAGAGAUACCAUAAACUCACACUAUCUAAGUGUCAUGACGCGUUUCUUUGGAAAUAAUUAA